AUGCCAACCAUUGUCGUCCUCGGCGCCGGUGUGAGCGGCCUUACCUGUGCAUUGGAGUUGGCGAAGCAGGGCGGGCAUGAGAUUACGGUUGUCGCGAAGCAUAUGCCUGGGGAUUAUGACAUUGAGUAUACUUCUCCCUGGGCGGGGGCGAACGUCCUGCCAAUGGCACUCGACAAGGACAGCCGAUGGGAGAGACGGACUUGGCCUGUGUUGAGGAGGUUGGCGAAGGAGGUGCCCGAGGCUGGGUUGCAUGUUCAGACUGCCCGUGUUCUUCGCCGCGAGAAGGAUGUUGCCACCGGCCUGAAAGCUGCCUUGGCCGACGGCCUCUUCCAAUUCGACCCCUGGUACAAGGAGGUUAUGGACAACUUCCGCGAGAUACCCGCUAAUGAACUCCCCAAGGGCAUGCACUCUGGUUGUGAGUUCAUGUCUGUCUGUAUCAACACUGCGAUCUACCUCCCGUGGCUCGUCGGCCAAUGCGCCAAGUAUGGGGUGCAGUUCAAAAGAGGGAUUGUGAAGCAUAUCUCCCAGGCUCACAACCUCAGCCAUACUGGGAAGAAGGCUGAUAUUGUGGUUAAUGCUACUGGUGUUUUGGCCUGCAAGCUGGGGGGUGUGAUGGACAAGGCUGUCUACCCGGCACGAGGGCAGAUUGUUGUUGUUAGGAAUGAGGCCAAGGGGUUCAUGCCGACGAGCAGCGGGAGUGAUGAUGCGGAUGAUGAGAUUAUGUAUGUGAUGCAGCGUGCGUUGGGUGGAGGAACGAUUUUGGGAGGGACCUAUAUGAGGCACAACUGGGACCCCAACCCAGAUCCCAACAUUGCUGUGCGCAUUAUGAAGCGCGCUGUGGAGGCGCAUCCGGAGUUGACGGACGGGAAGGGGAUUGAGGCGCUGAGCAUUAUCCGGCAUGGUGUUGGGCUACGGCCAGCAAGAGAGGGUGGUGUCAGGAUUGAGAAGGAGAAGAUUGAUGGGACCUGGGUUGUUCACAAUUAUGGCCAUGCUGGUUGGGGAUACCAGGGCAGUUAUGGGUGUGCUGAGAAGGUGGUGGAGCUGGUUGAUGAGAUUGUGAAGCAGGAGAAGCGGCAGUCAAAGCUGUGA